AUGGCCGCAGCACCAGCAACAGACAAGCCCACCAUGGACUUGGAUCCCAAGUACGACGACUAUGACUUCCCGACCACCGCCCCCGAGGCCGCCAGCGGCCACCCGGGCCACUUGACCGAGCAGCAAGUUGCCCAGGUCCACCAGCUCCGUCUGCUGCUGGAGCAGGAGGGCUUCACGCAACGUCUGGACACUCUGACUCUGCUACGUUUCUUGCGCGCACGGAAGUUCGAUGUCAACUUGUCCAAGAAGAUGUUCGUCGACUGCGAGAAGUGGCGUGCCGACACCAAGCUCGAUGAGACCGUGCCCACCUGGGAGUACCCCGAGAAGGAGGCUCUCUUCAAGUACUACCCUCAGUACUACCACAAGACGGACAAGGACGGCCGUCCAGUGUACAUUGAGCAGAUGGGAGGCAUUGACUUGACCUCCAUGUACAAGAUCACCACCGCCGAGCGCAUGUUGACCAACCUCGCUGUCGAGUACGAGCGCCUCGCCGACCCUCGUCUGCCCGCCGCCUCGCGCAAGGCCGGCCAGCUCCUCGAGACCUGCUGCACCAUCAUGGACCUCAAGGGCGUCGGUAUCACCAAGGUCCCCCAAGUCUACUCGUACGUCAAGCAGGCCUCGGCCAUGUCGCAGAACUACUACCCCGAGCGCCUCGGCAAGAUGUACCUGAUCAACGCCCCCUGGGGCUUCGGUGGUGUGUGGAACGCCGUCAAGGGCUGGCUCGACCCCGUCACCGUCGAGAAGAUCCACGUUCUCGGCUCCGGAUACCAGAAGGAGCUUCUUGCUCAGGUCCCCGCUGAGAACCUCCCCAAGGCCAUCGGCGGUACCUGCGAGUGCCCCGGCGGCUGCGCUCUGAGCAACGCCGGCCCGUGGCAGGACGCUGAGUGGGCUCGCCCCGCCAAGUGGGAGAAGGCCGCCAAGCCUGCCGAGACUGUGGUCAACGAGCCUGGCAAGGACACCGCCGUCCCGGAGGGUACUAAGGAGGUCCCCGUGACGGAUGCUGCUGAGGGUGCCGCUGCCCCGGCUACCGCUCCUGCCUCGUAA